AGCUUUCUCUUGUAUAACUCAAAACUGUGAGAGAAGAGAACGAAGUCUGUAAAAGUUGCCAAUUGUUAGUGGGGUUUGUCCUGAAAUAUGCUGAGAAGUGGUGUAAUGCAAGCAUUCAUAGUAGGGCGGACGACUCAGUCCACACUGCAGAGGUGUCAACAGUGUCUACUAACACGUCAGGCUGCCAUGGCAACUACAACAACCAAUCGGCUACCUCAGAGUAAUACAGUAAAUGAUAGUUUGAGAGGAUACAUAUGCAGUUCUAGACAAUAUCUACCAACCAGGAGAUAUAAAAGUUCAACAACUGUGGUGCCGCAAGAAUUCAGAAUCAUAGUCACUCCAAUUACUGAAAGAAACACAUUUGUACAGUUUACAGGUGUUCAUAAACUGUUAGAUAGGUCAGAUAUCAAGAAGGUCAUGUUGAGGGCGUACUCUUGCUGUGCUGAGCUAUGGGAAUAUGAAGAUUUCUUACAGGAAUUUGACCUGGAAGAUUCAUUCGAGACCUGGGCAACUCUCACAAUGCUGCACAUGUGGCUAUUGGCAGUCAGAAUAAAUCGUCCUGGAGAAGAUCUCAAUUAUAAUGUCAAGACAUACAAAGAGAACUUUGGUGAACUGUUUAUGGAGGAUGUGGAAAAUAGACUGAAAGCUUUAGGUAGAGAGAUAAUUACCUUGGCAGAGAGGGAUGAAGCGAAGGAACACUUCUGGGGCCUAUUUCAGCACAUGUUGCUAGGGAUGGACGAGGGUAUGUUGAGUGAUGACAAGUGCCUGGCGGGGGCAAUAUGGAGGCAUGUGUUUCAUGUUAAACCUAAAGAACCAGAACACUUAGCUUCCAUGGUGGAAUAUGUCAGAAAACAGAUUUACCACUUAGACAACACGUCUUCUGAACAAAUUCUCGGGAAAGGAUGCGUGACAUUUGCAAGGUUAAAGAAUGAUUCAGCAGACACUGCAAAAGCAAUACACGUCUGGAGAAAAAUGCCCUUCGAUGUAAAUGAUUCAUGAAAAUACUAGAAAACUAGCUGGACAAUGUUAUGUUGCCAUGACGACACACCACACUCCUUUUUCAGCAAGAAUUUUUGUUUAUUUCUGUUACAGUAACAAUACACGUUGUGAAAGAGGCAGCAUAUUUUGUCUCUUAAUUGAAACAUUUAUUGCUCAUAAUGAUAACUUUUUUUUU